ACCUGAAGAUGAGAAAUGGAUGUCCAAGGAUUCUAGUACAACUUGUGAAAAAGUGAAUUCUUCUAGCAGCCUACUUGAUAGUUGUGAUGACAGCACCUUAAAUGAGACAGAUCUUGAUGAAUUAAAGCUUGCAAAAAAUGUACUAAAUGAAAAAAAUAAGGACAAAGUAGAAAUGGCUACAGAUGCUCUUGAUGACCUCACUCAGUCACAAAACACAGAUUCUCCUUGCCUUCAGGAAGAUCACACAGUUCUUGCAAGUGACUUAUCAGUAAAAAUAAAAAAAUCUCAACGGACAAAACACCCAGGAAAACUACAGGAAAAGUUCUCAGAAAGAAGCAAAACUGAAUCCCAACUAGAGCAUCAAAAAAUAGAAUGUGAUAGAGAACUCUAUAGAGACAGGGCGUCGUUACCAAUUCCCCAGCACUCUGUGCUGUCUACCCUGGUGUUUGUGGUUGGAGUCUGCUCAGGCACCCUGAGACUGCACUAUUCCCAGACUCGGAGCUGUGUGCACUGGCGUUUGUGUACCUGCCCGGGCCUUGCUGUCUCUCUCCCACUUCUGAUCAAAGCAGACCUUCUGUGA